AAGACACGACGCGCUCACUGAUACGCUGCUUGUCCUGUCGGUGGGCCUGGACUGGAAACACUGUAUCCAUCCACGACUGCAAAACCAGGAGCGCUCCCAUCACACCACACACAGAGACACAUCUCUGCGAUCUCCCACCGACAAUGACUGCAAAAAACCGACAUAAGAACAGCUCCAGCGAGAAAAGCGCAGCGCCCAGCCAAGACGAUGCGUCGAAGAAAAGCCAGAAAAGCGCCAGUAAUGGAGUGAGCGGCUCCGGACCCCAGGGGUCACGGUCAGGAAGCUGCCUCGGGCUUGUUGCUACCACAGUGUUUUAUAUCGGGUUAAUAGGCGCUGCAGGGUUUGCUGCUUUUCAUCUACAACAAGUGGUGGAAGAAAUCCGACAGACCAGCGCCAGGCAUGAGGAGAGCGCACGGCAGAGCGCAGAGCUGGGCAGUAAAAUGGAGAGUGUGGUUCAACAGGUGGAGUCUCUGAGGAGUGUUGUAGACGGGCUGGAAUCAUCACUGGGCAUCACACGGGUGGAGCUGGAGGGGGCCAUCAGCCGCAUGAAGAGGGGCGAAGUGGAGACGAGGAGGGUGGAGGAGGCCCUUCAGAAGCUCCAGAACGAUCUACUCAGGGACCUCUCAGAGGGCAUCAACGAGGUGAAAGAGGCUCGGGAGAGGGACUUCUCCUCUCUGGAGAAGACGGUGGAGGAGCGCCUGGCCGAGGCGAGUCAGUCCAUCAAAGCCAGCAUGGCGGAGUUCACCGAAGCUCAGGGCGAGGCGCAGGGCCAGCUGGCUGAUCUCAAAGCCCGUCUGGGUGACAUGGAAGACCCCACGCUCGUCAAACAGGAGCUCUCCGCCAUCGUUGAUGCUGUAGCUGAAAUCAGAACAGCCAAACAGGAGGCCGAUUCUACGGCUGUUUCACUCAGGGAGCAGAUAGGUGCUGUGAGGGAGGAGCUCCAGACUCGGAACCAGGAGGUGGCCUCGCUGUCCCAAGAAGUCGAAUCAGUGAGGUCAGUGACACAAGACACUGUCGGGAGUCUGAGGCAGUCACUGUCUGAGGUGAAGGCUGAGGUUCAGGCUAUGAAGGACAAAACACUGACAGUGGAGAGCAGGGUGGAGCAGGCUGCUGAGGCUGUUAGUGAUGUGGAGAAGCAGCUGAAUGAAGCAGCUGCUCAGGCCCAGAGAAAGUCAGAUGAGCUUGAAAGUAGAGUUAAAGCAUCAGAGGAGAGUGGAGACUCCCUGUCUGCAUCAGUGUCAGAAAUUACCUCCAAAGUGGAAUCACUGUUUGCAAAGUAUGACACCCAUGAAAGCACCCUGGCUGCGCAGAGCCAGGCCGUGGAGAAAGCCAAAACUGGUUUGGAGCAGGGGCUGGAGGCGCUGAAAAGCAGCCUGGAGGAGCUCCAGUCCAACAUGGGCGCUCUGGGUGACGCCCAGACCGAGCUGGCGUCGAAGGACUCCAGUCUGGAUCAACAGGUGGAGGACUUGGAGAAGAGGCUGGCUGCUCUGGAGGAAAGCAGCAGCAGCAGCGACAUGAAGCCUGAGCAGGUGGAGAGCUUACGCAGCAUAGUGGCCGGACUGGAGGAGAAAGCAGCCAAGAUGGAGGGCCACGAUCAGGCCAUCGCUGCUCUUCAGAGAGCGCUGCAGGAGACUACACAGACACUCGCCGGCUUAUCCAAAGCACCCGGCAAGAACAAAUAGAAGGGACAUUUAGCUAGCAACGUGACAUCAGGAUACCAAAACAACAGGGAUAAUAUCGAAUCUGAAGAGGUGACCAUAACUCACUUUUCCUAAUUUUAUGAAGAAUUAGUAUUCAAACUUGAUGGUGCACACUUAACAUAGAGAAGAAGUGAGGAAAACUGGGUUAGGUCAGGAGAGAGGAGCAGAACUGGACUGCUGAUCUGUGAAUUCAAAUCCACACCCAUUCUGCACUGUAGUUCUAUUUUCUAAUGUUUUUAAUUGUUUUGUUAGACUUUCUGUGCCAAGGCUGUUUUUUGAACCUCCAAACGCAAUAAUAAGCUCUUUGUUGGGCACUCCUUUGUUUACUCACUACAUGUUGUUGUUUUUUUUACAAGAAUAAAACCUCUUGUCAACCCAAA